AAUGCCGAGAAAAAAACAAAUCAAAACGGUCGCUAAAUGCGCCAACCCUCCAAAUCAAUUGGAAAACCUCAAUCAACAGGCCAACAUGAUCGACUCAGCUGCAUUCGAACAGAAACUGGAUGAUCAGAGAAGAACGUUUGAAGAUAAAUUGGACGAACAAUCAAGAAAAAUCGAAGAAUCGAACGCUCAGAAUUUAGCGACGUUGGAAACAAAAUUUGAGUCAAAAUUGGAAGCAAACUUGAAACAAAUCGUUCAAAUAGUUAAUUCCAUUAAACUCAACUCUCACCAAGAAAUACCGUUGAAUUCUGGUUAUGUUCCAGAAUUGGAACAUCUCUCAACGGUUGAAGAACAAAAUGGCGGAAAUUCGCAGGUUCGAAAUAUUUCGAAUCCAAUACAGGAAGCCGAAAGUUCUUCGAAACAACUCGAUCCUAGAAUCGAAAACCUAAGGAAUAAAAAGGUUACCCCAUCAGAAAUGUUCAGUGGUACCAAUUUUCAAGAUUUUCGUAGGAAUGCCAUCGUUCCAUUAUUAGAAUCCGACAUUUCCGAAUUGGAAAAACGUCAGAUUUUAAAGAGAUGGACAAUGGAAGGGACAGUGUGCCACGAAUAUUAUGAUCUAGCAAAUCGUAAAUUCGAUAGUGGGAAUUUCGUACAAUGCGUUCAGAAACUUGAUUAUGUUUACACGGAUAUAUCAUCACAAGGAUGCAACUUAGUGCAACAAAUUCUAAACAAAAGGGAUCCAUUCCAACAUCGGAUCUUGUCCUAUUGGGUCGAAUUUAGGACUCUCCUUACGUUGCUAGAUAUGCCAAAUUCCGAAAAUCGAUUGAAAUUCGAAAGGCUUAGACAGUUUUCUAAGAGAUUACCUCAUGAAUCCCAAUCUCUAGUCACCCAGUAUAUAAAUGAAUAUUAUGACGAUUUUGAUUCAAUCGUAAUUAAGUUGGGACAAUACAUAUCAAAAGUUGCCAAUGGAAUCGAAGAUGGGAUAUACAUUCCCGAGAAUACAGAGACAAGAGUUGUAGCUUCAAGUAUGACAAAGGACGAUGGUAAAUUUAUGAGGCAGACCUCCCCCUCUUUUUCACCUAACCGUAAGCCUUUGAAACAUGUCCAGAUACAAAACAAAGAUAGGACUACACCUCCUAAAAAUGAUGGUAGAUGCAUGUGCGCUGAAAAUCACAUAUGCCUGGCUUAUUGUCCGAUUUAUAUCAAUCUUGAUGUUAAAGGUAGGCAGCGAAUGGUCCGACUGCUCCAUAGACGUCAAAAUUGUCUACGAAGUGGACACACAAGCGAAAAAUGUUCAUCAAGAUAUAGCUGUAAAAAAUGUAUCAAGCUCAUCAUACGACACUAUAUCAUAAAGAGGCAACCACCCCAAAGGCAGUAUCUGCUAUCAACUAUAAUUUAUCAAAGAGAAAGCAAGAAAGAAUGA